ACGUGUUUAGAGUCCAAUUUGCGCGAGGUGUGGAAGGUGGGGCCGUACUCAACCAAAUGAUGUGCAUGGUGUGUGUAAAGGUAAAACCGACGACCGACGGACCCGUGACAUAACAAUAAAAUAUCUCUGUAGGCCUACUUGUUUAGGGGUUCAUUUCAGGGAAUACUUGCCAAGAGUGUCGUUUUGUUUCCAAUACUUGUUAAGGGUAGGGUUUCACACGCCAAUACUUGUUAAGAGGUGCAUUUUCAGAUUAUGGAAAAUACGUGUUUAGGGUGCUUUUCGAGACCCCAUGGUCGCGCAUGGUAUCCACUCGUCGAUGGAACUGGCCCCCCGGGGAUCAUUAAAGCUAUUCGGUGGAUAUUGAAAUGUGAUGGGUGUAUACUAACACAGAAUCACCAUGAUUUUGAUGGUGUUUGCUAAGCUUUCGAUGGGGUCACUUCCAAGGAUAUUCCUGCCAGGUUCUCUGGGUGCCUCACAAUUCUUAUCUCGCCGGCAAUGUAAUCUCAGUAAGCUGAACAUUAUCAGGAAUCUUUACGUUUCUACAAACCUUUGUUGCAAGAGGAAGUCCAAACUUAGCUAUUUCCAUGCAACAAGUUCCAUACCACUCCUUGAUAAAACCAUUGGUGAUGUCUUGAUUGAGAGUGCAGAGAAACACCCUGAUAAAGAAUUCGUCGUAUUUUCAUCUGGAGAUGUGAGGAAAACUUUUAGGAAUUUCAAAAAUGAGGUACAUAGAUUAUCACGUGGUCUCAUACACCUUGGAGUUCGUCGAGGUGAUAGAGUUGCGAUCUGGGGUCCAAACUCACUGGAAUGGCUACACACCCAAUAUGCUGUCGCUUCCAUCGGCGCCAUCUUGGUUAACAUCAAUCCAGCGUGUCGCCAUGCUGAGUUAGAACAUGCCCUGUCAACUGCUGGUGUCAAGAUGCUGCUUUCUGCGUCUACGUUUAAAACGCAGGAUUAUUAUGACAUCAUUGCAACUAUCUGUCCUCAUAUCACAUCAGCAAAGCCAGGAAACCUUCAGAGCCAAAGACUCCCAGAUUUGGAAUCGAUAGUACUCUACGGAGGCGAAUCCCGACCCGGAACCAGUUCUCUAGAUGACGUCAUGUCUAUGGGAAAUGAUGAGGAUGCAAAGAUCAUGGAUGCUUGCAUGAAGAGUGUACAAUUCGAUGAUCCAAGCAACAUUAUAUUCACUUCAGGCACUACUGGUCUACCCAAGGGUGCGACGCUUACCAAUCACUUAUCUGUAAACAAUUCACACUUCUUGGGAAACAGAAUGGAACUUGAAAACUCAAACCACGUGGCGUGUGCACCCCCACCGUUCACCCAUAUAUUCGGAACCAACAUCAUCUCUUUGAACUGUAUGCUUCAUGGAGUUAAGAUGGUGGUUCCAGCACCAAGUUUCGAGCCUGGACCUACAAUCAAGGCCAUUCAUCAUGAAAAAUGUACAUUAGUUUUCGGAACUCCUACCAUGUUUAUAUCCAUUCUCCAUGAUGAAUCGUUAAAGGAUUACGAUGUAUCGAGCGUUCAGACUAUUUUUUGUGGGGGCACAUCAAUACCGCCAGAGACGAUGAAACUCGCGCAAAGCAUCAUGGGACUGGACGAAGUUGUGUCAGCAUAUGGACUUACAGAAGUCGGGGGAAUAUCUACUGUGGUAUGUAAACAGGAUACACUGGAGCGGCGCUUAAACACAGUGGGCAAGGUCCAGGAUCAUUUAGAGGUGAAGGUCAUAGAUCCAUCCACAAAGGAGACGGUUACCAUGGGAACAGCAGGGGAGCUGUGUUUCCGAGGAUGGUGUGUCAUGAAGGAAUAUUGGGGUAAUCCGGACAGGACCAGGGAAACCAUUGAUGAAAAUAGGUGGUUCCACACAGGUGACGUCGGAACGAUAGACGACCAGGGAUAUUUUAAAAUUGAAAGUCGCCUGAAAGACCUCAUCAUCCGAGGAGGGUCUAAUAUCUACCCUGCAGAGGUUGAACACCUCAUCCAUACACACCCUUGUGUACAGGAAGUUCAAGUGAUCGGGAUUCCCGAUGACGUCAUGGGUGAAGAGGUUUGUGCUGUUGUCAUGUUAAAACCAGGUACAGAGAACAGUGUAGAAGAAGACAUCAGAGAGUUCUGCAAAGGAAAGAUCUCUCAUUAUAAGAUACCCCGUUACGUUCGCUUUGUCAACGAAUUUCCAACGACAGUAUCUGGAAAAAUUCAGAAGUUCAAACUACGAGAGCAUAUUCAAGACUUGUUGGACACAAAACGGUUAUAAUGGGACCUGAGUAUAGGCAUAUUCUUGCAAACUCCUUUAAAUUACCAAGAGAGUAAUGGUCCCGGCUCUUAAGAUUUCCCCGUUUUGAUGUAUAGACAUAUUAUCUUCGUGAAACGUAUAAAGUUAUAUUGACUAUAGAAGAAGUAGCACGGGAGCAAAGGGAGCACGUAGCCCUUUUUUUUGCAAAUCAAUGUUUUAUUACUUGCCUUGUUCUAUACUGUUACUUUUAUUUUGAUACAUGUAUGAUAGGGCUGUUAUCUGAGAUAAAUUCAAUGAAGUCUGGUAAUUUUAAUUAAAUCUCCAAGAAAUGUACACAAAAAAGAAGAUGUAGCUCAUUUUGGAAUAAAAUCUUAGUCAAAACGCACAAUUAAACAAAAGUUGAAAUUAAACAUCAUAGAGCAUAUAGAUUGCUAGCAGAGUACAUUAUCUCCUUUCUGACGUUUACUUGUUGAAAAUGAAAAAGAAAUCGUGAAUUUCUUAUCUUUUCUAAAGACGGAGGUGUUUCGAUGUUUCACUCCAAUAUAGGAGCUAAAUCCAAUAAAUAUAAUAUUUCGGAUAUUAAUACAGGGUGGCACAUAAUUAUCACCAACCUAUAGUGGUUGUUCACACAGAGAAUUAGACUUAUGUUAAUCAUAUAAAAUUUUACACUGAUUUGAUGUCACAGUACAUGGUGAUGUACUGGUACAUUGUGCUUAAAAAUCUGAGUGCAUGCAUAACUUUAUAAUGUGGUUAAGAUAUAAACAAAAUCCUAUCAAUUGCCGCUUGGAUGGAGCUCCUCACAAAUGUAAUUUGGUGCAUUCGAUGUCCAUGUAGUAAAAUGCACAAUUUUUUUUUAUAAAUUCGAUCAAAAGUGGAUUUAACUCUAUUUGGCUAUAUUUUAUAGAAUCAAAUCAUCAAGAUAACAAGAAUUAGAUGUUUCCAUCAUCGGACAUUCUGUAUUAUUUUCAGGCGUAACUGUAAAAGUGCAUGAGGCUACGUGUACAACUGUCCUUCGGAAAGUAACUUUGGUGUAUUAUGACUAAUGUGUGUACUAAAUUUUGUAAAAUCAAAUGAUUAUUCAUGUCAAAAGUUGAAAUUCAUUGCCAAAUAAAAUUAAAUAUUAAUUGCUG